CCAAGGACAAUCGCUGACGCAAACGAUUUUAAUGUGCCACUACACUACUUUUGAUUUUGUUCCUCGUGCAUGGUUGUUAAAUGUUAAUCCGUCGUAAACGGUAAACCCUGCUCUUUGUGGAGCACACCACCAGACUCUACUGAUCCAGUUUUUAAAUCGGAUUUAUGAUUUUGACAAUGGCAAAACAGAAAUUAAUUAACAAUGGAUAUUUCAUGUGUGCAUUACCAAGUUGUCAUCUCUUGAUCGUUUGUUAGCUUUAAGGUAUGGUGCAAGACUGUAAUCACUGAAGGUCGACUUGAAGCUGCCAAGAAAUCCCAGGUCCUGGGCUCUCAAAACAUUCCACUGCGGACGCGUCAUUAUUCCUUGUUAAUCAGUUAUUCAACUGGACGCAAGCGAUUCCACACGGAUCUACUGCCAGUUGCAAUUAAAUCUAAAGAAUGAACACGCAGAAACUCAAGGACGAUCUGAAGAAGCUGGAGAGCUUUUUCCCCCGCGAUCAUCCCGUAUUCCAGGUGCGCUCCGCCAACAUCGACGAAAUCCAUCUGCGAUUCAUUUCGUCGAAAGGUCCAGCGUACGAUAUCCACGGGAACAUCAUGGAGACUUAUCCCCGAUCCGCACCAUUGUGGUCAUCCGACAGUGACAAUGCCCAGAUCACCGGGAUCCUGGAGGCUCUGAGUAACACCACCGGAUCGACCAACUACAUCUUCCCGCAGAUGCUGGAUAUGGUGACCAGUCUGUGCAGCUUAUUCGGCAGUGAACUGCCCGCCGAGAGCGAACUGCUCAAAGUGAUCUGCGAAUCGGAGUACGGCGGUGUGGACGCCGAGCCGGAGAACGAGAGUAUCGACGAGGGCGGCAACGAGAUGGACGGGAUGCUGGAUGAUCUGGAUGAUUAUCCCGUGGAGAUGAACGACAUGGGUGCCGCGCAGCAGCCUUCCUCCGUCACGACGGAACGCGGAGACGCUGCCAUGGAAGACGAGGGCAUCGACGAGAGGGGCCAGCAGGCGCUGGAGAGAGUGAAGAAAGCCAUUGUGGAGCGCUACUCCACGGGCAAUCCGACGGGAUCCGUGCAGGCGUCGGAUCGGCUGAUGAAGGAGUUGAAGCACAUCUACAAAUCGGAUAACUACAAACUGGGAGUGUUCACUGUGGAACUGAUUGGAGACAGUUUGUACGACUGGAAUGUGAAACUGUACAAAGUGGAUCCGGACAGCUCACUGUACACUGAUAUGCAGAGUCUCUUGAAGAAGUUCAAACAGGACCACAUUAAUCUGAAUUUCAAGUUCGCCGAUUCCUUCCCUUUCACUCCUCCCUUCGUGCGUGUAGUGAGCCCGGUGAUUUCCGGGGGCUACGUGCUAACUGGGGGAGCCAUUUGUAUGGAGUUGCUGACGAAGCAGGGCUGGAGCAGCGCCUACACUGUGGAAGCAGUCAUUAUGCAGAUCUCAGCCACCUUGGUCAAAGGAAGGGCGCGAAUUAACUUCAGCUUGCAGGCCGCGCAAGCCUACUCACAGACUCGUGCCGAGGAAUCUUUCCGACAUUUGGUUCGAAUCCACGAAAAAGGUGGCUGGUUCACUCCGCCCAAAUCGGAUGGAUGAAGGUUGACUGGUCUUCUGUGAUUUGGAAUAAAUUUUAACUUUUUUUCCUUAUAUACUUCUAUACAUUUGCACUGGAGUUUGUUGGAUAACUUAAAUAAUAAAUAUAAGCUCGUGUAUCUACUUUAUUUUAUAAGAGUUUGCAAGGAUUGUUACCUUCUGGGGAAAGGUGUCAUUAGUUUCCUGAUGAAUUUUGCGUCGGUUUAAUUCGCUAAUCUGUGCGAGCAAGACUACAUGCAUGGCAUAUGUAUGCUUCUUACAGUGUUGGCUGUUAAAGUAAUUUGUUCAUUUAUGUCUAUCUACAACUUCUGGGCGUUUGUUGCGAUAGUGCGACUUUCCAUUCGUGGUCUUGAUCAAAAACAAAAUCUUUCUAG